GAUAUAGAUUUACUCCAUCACCGUUGUUCUUUCCACUGCAACAACACCCGUAGUAACAACAAAGGGAAUGCAUCGCUCCAUUCGCAGAAAACGCACGCAAUCCAUCCUCCUUCUUCUCCUUCUUUGUCUCUACCCGCUCACUCUCCACGCUCGACCGUUUGUUUUGGUCCUAUCUCAGGACGACCUCAAAGAUGGCCCCACGGCAUCGUCAGACCCCGCCGACGCUGACUCCACCUCUACCGGCGAUUGGGACGAGUUCGAUGAUUCGGACUCGAAGUCCGACGAGGAUCUCGACCCUGGCUCAUGGCGUUCGAUCUUGGAGCCGGACUUGGUUUCAAAUUCGGGCGCCGCGUCAGGUGCUGUGGAGCCCGAUGUAGCUGACUACUACUCUGGCGUGCAGAAGAUGCUGGAAGCGGUGAGCGAGGGCGAGGUUCGGUUGAUGGAGGAGGCUACGACAGAGAUCGAGGCUGCCGCUGCGGCCGGGAACCCGCACGCGCAGUCUGUGCUUGGUUUCAUGUAUGGAAUGGGGCAGAUGAAGGAGAGGAACAAGGCCAAGGCGUUUUUGCACCAUCAUUUUGCUUCAGAGGGAGGGAACAUGCAGUCUAAGAUGGCUCUCGCGUACACAUACUUACGGCAAGAUAUGCAGGAAACAGCAGUUAAAUUGUAUGCUGAAUUAGCAGAGGUAGCAGUUAACAGUUUCUUUAUCUCAAAAGAUUCACCUGUGAUUGAGCAAGUUAGGAUUCACACUGGAGCCGAGGAGAACAAGGAGGCCUUGAGGAAGUCACGAGGGGAGGAGAAUGAGGACUUUCAGAUUUUGGAAUAUCAGGCUCAGAAAGGGAAUGCCGGAGCAAUGUACAAAAUCGGACUCUUUUACUACUUUGGAUUGAGAGGACUAAGGCGUGAUCAUACCAAGGCAUUGUCUUGGUUCUUGAAGGCUGUAGAUAAGGGGGAGCCAAGGUCUAUGGAACUUCUUGGUGAGAUAUACGCAAGAGGGGCUGGAGUGGAAAGAAAUUACACUAAGGCACUUGAAUGGCUAACACUUGCCUCAAAGCAGCAAUUAUAUUCGGCAUAUAAUGGGAUGGGAUAUUUAUAUGUCAAGGGUUAUGGAGUAGAGAAGAAGAACUACACGAAAGCAAAAGAGUAUUUUGAGAAAGCCGCUGAUAAUGAUGAGCCUGGUGGGCACUAUAAUCUUGGAGUACUUUAUCUGAAAGGCAUCGGUGUAAAGAGGGAUGUAAAAUUGGCAUGCAAAUAUUUUAUAGUGGCUGCUAAUGCAGGUCAGCCAAAAGCAUUUUACCAGUUGGCAAAGAUGUUCCAGACCGGUGUGGGACUUAAGAAAGACCUCCAUAUGGCUAGCGGAUUAUACAAACUAGUAGCAGAACGGGGACCAUGGAGUUCCUUGUCUAGAUGGGCGCUGGAGUCAUAUUUAAAAGGUGAUGUGGGUAAGGCAUACCUCUUGUAUUCAAGGAUGGCUGAAUUAGGCUAUGAGGUCGCGCAAAGUAAUGCUGCAUGGAUUCUUGACAAAUAUGAAGAACAUAGUAUGUGCAUGGGAGAGUCUGGGUUUUGUACAGAUGCAGAAAGGCAUCAACACGCACAUUCUUUAUGGUGGCAAGCAUCUGAGCAGGGUAACGAACAUGCUGCUUUGCUGAUUGGGGAUGCAUAUUAUUAUGGACGGGGGACAGAGAGGGAUUAUGUACGAGCAGCAGAAGCUUACAUGCAUGCAAAAUCCCAAUCAAAUGCACAGGCCAUGUUCAACCUUGGAUACAUGCAUGAGCAUGGCCAGGGACUUCCGCUUGAUCUUCAUCUUGCCAAGCGUUAUUAUGAUCAAGCUGUAGAGAUUGACCCUGCAGCAAAGUUACCUGUCGCCCUGGCGCUUGCUAGCUUAUGGAUAAGAAAGAAUUAUGCUGACAGUUUUAUGGUCCGGCUGAUUGAUUCUUUACCUGAAGUCUUCCCAAAAGGGGGAGCAUGGGUGGAGAAUGUGAUCAUGGAGGAAGGAAAUGCAACAAUUCUGACGCUUUUUGUGUGUCUCCUUACAGUCCUGUUCCUUCGUGAGAGGCAACGGAGGCAUGCUGCCGUUGGUGACGUUGCUUUCCAGCAGCCACCUAAUGAGCAUGUUGCUCAUGUACCAAAUUAGUUGCCUCAUGCUAAUGGUCCUCAAAUUGACAAGAUUAUUUUUGCCUUCUCAAUCGAUGAAAAGGUGAGCCACCUUUUGCAAUAUUGUGUACAUAGUUAUGGUUCUAUGUCGUUUAGAUGAAAGGUCCUACACUGUUGACCACCUUGUACCACAGUGAGAGUUACGGGAGGACAAAAAAGGAAUUCCAUUCGUUUCCCCUCUGAGGUUGUCUCUAAAUACCUGAGACAGAGGUUUAUCACAUUCCAAUUUUAGUCGUUGGAAACAGAAAUCUUAGAUCGGUUCUGUUAUUUCAAAAUUAAUGAUGUCGGAGACUCGGAGGCAUCGCUCUCUAAGAAUCUCAUAAUCUUUGAAGUCUAACAUUAUGCGACAAGUAUCACGAACGAACGAUAUUUAUACCUUUCCUUGAAAGUCACAAAGUUGAUAGAGCAGAGCACUUUCCAA